CCCAUUUAUUUCAGGAAUCUACUUUAUGUCUAUCCACAGAGGCUUAAUUUUGGCAACCGGUUAGCCUCUGCUAGAAAUAUCACAGUCAAAAUCCAGUUCUUGGCAGAUGAGGAUCUGAAUAAUCCUAUGCAGGUUAUCUUUGGAAAGUCGAGCAGUGCAGAGUUUGUUUCAGAAAUGUACACUUCAGUUACUUACCAUAACAAAUCUCCUGAUUUUUAUGAGGAAGUAAAACUUAAACUUCCAGCCAAGAUUACAGGAAAACACCAUUUGCUGUUUACAUUCUAUCACAUCAGCUGCCAACAGAAACAAAACCAAGGAGGCUCAUCAGAGACUCUGAUUGGCUACUCUUGGUUACCAAUUCUUAUGAAUGAGCGUCUCCAGACGGGCCAUUACUGUCUGCCAAUGGCCCUGGAAAGGCUUCCCAACAAAUACUCCAUGCACUCUCCAGAGAAGAUUCCAAACCAGAAUCCACCGGUCAAGUGGGUAGAUGGUCAUAAAGGUGUGUUCAGUGUGGAGAUACAAGCUGUUUCCUCAGUGCAUACACAGGACAAUCAUCUGGACAAAUUCUUCGCACUGUGUCACACUCUAGAAGGCCAGGUGACAUUUCCUUGUUGGAUCCUAGAUCAAAAGAUAACAGAAAAUGAUCUGGAGCAUGAGUUGAAGUUGAGUAUAAUCUCACUGCCGUCGGCUCGGCUGGAACCAUUGGUCCUGUUCCUGCACCAGAUCAUGGACAAGCUUUUUCAGUUGACGAUCCAGCCCAUUGUCAUUGCAGGCCAGACAGCCAAUCUUGCCCAACUCACAUUUGAGUCAGUUGUGUCAAUAGUGAACAGCCUUCACAACAGUCCUGACCUCAGCAAAGAUCAGCAUGGACGCAAUUGUCUCCUGAUGUCUUAUGUCCACUACGUAUUUCGCCUGCCAGAUAUUCAGAAAGAGUUGGCAAAAGGAGUUUCAGCACCACCUCCAGUCUUCCCAGAAAGCCGUUAUUAUACAGUGGGGCGUUCCAGUGCAGCUCAUGUGGGAUCCAGAUUAUUGCAAUCCCGCAUCAUGAGUAGCAGCAAUCCUGAUAUUGCUGGUACUCAGGCAUUAACUGAUGAAGAAGUUAAAAAUGCCAUGUCCUCAAAGGGAAUGGAUCGAAGUGGCGUUCGGAUGUCUUCCUACGUCGAAGUCAGCAGCUACUUCCACAACGCUAGCUCAGUUGGACGAUCUUCAACCCGAAAGCAAUUUCAUGAAGAGCUGGCACUGCAGAUGGUUGUCAGUACAGGAAUGGUGAGAGAAAACGUCUUCAAGUACGCCUGGUUCUUCUUUGAGCUUCUGGUUAAAAGCAUGGCUCAGUACUUUUGUAUGAUGGAGAAACAGGAAUCUUCCCGAAAACUACGUUUUUCCGAUCGCUUCAAAGAUGACAUUACCACAAUUGUCAAUGUGGUUACAGCAGAGAUUGGCACAAUUCUUGUGAAACAACAAAAGGAAACAGAGCAAGCUGAAAAAAUCAACGUAAGCUUGGCAUUUUUCCUGUUUGACCUUCUAUCCCUCAUGGACCGUGGCUUUGUGUUUAAUCUCAUUAGAAAUUAUUGCUGCCAGCUUUCUGUCAAACUGCAAUCAAUGCCCACCCUCAUUUCUAUGCGACUGGAGUUCCUGAGGAUCCUCUGCAGCCAUGAACACUAUCUCAGCCUCAACCUUUUCUUCAUCACUAAUCUAUCUGCACCAGCUUCUCCAUGCCUCUCAAUAUCAUCACAGAAUUCUAGUUCGUCUUCGAGCGUCCAAGACCAAAGAAUUGCCAACAUGUUUGAGCUUUCAGGUGACUACCGUCAACAGCACUUCCUAACUGGACUUCUCUUCACUGAACUUGCAGCAGCUCUGGAUGCUGAAGUGGAAGGGAUAGCAAAGGUCCAAAAGAAAGCUGUCAAUGCCAUAGUCAGUCUGUUGUGUUCCCAUGAUCUGGACUCUCGCUAUUCAAAACCAGAGAUUAAAGCAAAAGUAGCUGCCUUGUACCUCCCUCUGAUCGGGAUUAUUCUGGAUGCAUUGCCACAGCUCUAUGACUUCACUGAUGCUCGGACCAGGAAAAUUCGCCCAAGUAGUUCAGAUGGUGAGACAGAAACCAACCCCAUCAAUCAGUCCGUUGCCUCGCUAAUAGCUGGAAAUCCGGGAAACACAAUGCUGAAGAGUUCAGCAACAACCUUUUCAUCUCUGCCAAGCAAACAAUUAACUCCACUGGUGGCUGAUGCUAGCCAGGAUUUACUGAUUUCCUUUUUAUGGAUCUUGAAGAACGCUGAUCAAAAUCUCAUCAGAAAAUGGAUUAUAGAUCUUCCUGUGACCCAACUCAACAAGAUCCUAGACCUGUUGCACCUCUGUGUUUCCUGCUUUGAGUACAGGAGCAAAGUAACUUCUGAUAAAGUCAGCACGCAGGCUCUCCAGAAAAGCAAGCACACCAAGGCACGGCUGGAGGAAGUGCUUCUGGGAAAUGCAGGAGCCCGAGGAGAAAUGAUGAAGCGAUGUCGUGGCCCAGGAAAUGAAAGAAACUUUGGAAUAAAUGAAAACCUGCGAUGGAGAAAAGAUCAAACACAGUGGCGACAAGGCAAUGAGAGACAGGAAAAAACUAAAGCAGACCUGGAUCAGGAAGCACUGGUCUCUGGAAACCUAGUUACAGAGGCUAAUCUCGUUAUUUUAGACACACUGGAGAUAAUUGUAAAGGCAAUUUCGGUAUCCGACUGUAAGGACAGUGUCUUAGGAAACAUUCUCAGGGUGAUUCUUCACAGCUUGGGCUGUAAUCAGAGUUCCUACUACCUGACACAUUGCUUCAACUCAUUGAGAGCACUCAUAGCUAAGUAUGCGGACGUACUGUUUGAAGAGGAAGCAGAGCAGUGUUCUGACAUGUGUCAGAGAGUGUUACACCACUGCUGCAGCAGCAUGGACAGUACCCGGACACAAGCCUGUGCCGUACUGUACCUCAUCAUGAGGCACAGCUUUAGUACAAUCAGUAAUUUUGCCAGAGUUAAAAUGCAGGUCACCAUGUCUUUAGCAUCUCUGGUGGGUAAAUCAUCAGAUUUUAAUGAAGAAUAUUUGAGGCGAGCUUUACGAACAGUUCUGGCUUAUGCAGAGGAAGACGAAGAUAUGCAGCCGACAAUGUUUCCAAUUCAGGUGGAGGAACUACUGUUUAAUCUCAACAGCAUCUUAUCUGACACGGUCAAAAUGAGGGAGUUCCAGAAAGAUCCUGAGAUGCUCAUGGACUUAAUGUACAGAUUGGCUAAAGGAUAUCAGACUUCACCUGAUCUACGUUUGACUUGGCUCCAAAACAUGGCUGAGAAGCAUACAAAACGGCAGUGUUACACCGAGGCUGCAUUGUGUUUGGUCCAUGCUGCAGCAUUGGUAGCAGAGUACCUCAGUAUGUUGGAGGAUCACAAGUACCUUCCUGUGGGUAGUGUUAGCUUUCAGAAUAUAUCACCUAAUGUUCUGGAAGAAUCUGCAGUUUCAGAUGAUAUCUUGUCCCCAGAUGAAGAUGGGAUAUGCAGUGGAAGAUACUUCAGUGAAAAUGGUCUUGUGGGUUUGCUUGAACAAGCAGCUGAGCUCUUCAACACAGCCUGCAUGUUUGAAAGUGUGAAUGAAGUCUACAAAGUUAUCAUACCAAUUCAGGAAGCGCAUAGAGAUGUCAGCAAAUUGGCUUAUAUACAUGAGAAGCUCAAAAAAGCAUUUGAAAGCAUAACAACAAAGGGUUCUAAGCGAAUGUUUGGCACGUAUUUCCGUGUUGCAUUCUAUGGAGCUAAAUUUGGGGAUUUGGAUGAACAGGAAUAUAUCUACAAGGAACCUGCCAUUACCAAGCUGCCAGAAAUUUCUCAUCGACUGGAGGCAUUUUAUGGACAGUGUUUCGGUGAUGCUGCUGUGGAGGUUAUUAAAGAUUCUAGCCCAGUGGAAAAGGGCAAGUUGGAUCCCAACAAGGCCUACAUACAAAUAACAUUUGUGGAGCCAUUCUUUGAUGAUUAUGAAAUGAAAGAUAGAAUUACCUAUUUUGAAAAGAAUUUUAAUCUUCGGCGCUUCAUGUACACCACGCCCUUCACAAAGGAUGGACGUCCUCGGGGAGACCUGAAAGAACAGUACAAGAGAAAAACAAUCCUGACAACCCAGCACGCAUUUCCUUACAUCAAAACAAGAAUUAAUGUCAUUCAGAAAGAGGAGUUUAUUCUAACACCUAUUGAAGUAGCUAUUGAAGAUAUGCAGAAGAAAACACUCGAGUUGGCAGUUGCAACUCAACAAGAACCUCCAGAUCCCAAGUUGCUUCAGAUGGUGCUACAAGGUUCUGUGGGAGCUACUGUAAACCAGGGUCCAUUAGAAGUAGCGCAAGUAUUUCUGGCAGAAAUUCCAGAAGAUUCAAAGCUGUUCAGACAUCACAAUAAGUUGAGGUUAUGCUUCAAAGAGUUUAUCAUGCGAUGUGGUGAAGCUGUGGAGAAGAACAAAGGCCUGAUUGCCACUGAUCAAAAGGAAUAUCAACAAGAGCUGAAAAAGAAUUACAACAAAUUGAAAGAGAACCUAAGACCAAUGAUUGGGCGAAAGAUUCCAGACCUGUAUAAACCAGUGGUUAAAAUCCACAAGGGAUCCUUUAAAAGAUCAAGUUUUAGGAAGAAUGAGACAUCGCCUUCAAGCACACAGAACAGCUGAUGGAAUCUGAGUUUUUGCGAGACACUAGGAUCUGUCCUUCAUUGUUCAUUUGCAACAGGAGCAAUGUAUUGAGCUGGAAGAGCCAUUGAGACAGGUGAAUGAGAAGUAUGUAAACUGAACUUGAAUAUCUCUUUCAAAAGUGAAGCACUUUUUAUAAGGUAACAAUCAUGGACCAAUACUGAUAUCAUAUACUUCACAUGUAGACAAAAUUGCCACUGUCAUUUCAAGCUGCUGUUUGGAAAUUCAACACGCAAAAGUGGUUUUAAUGCCAUAUCUUCCUGCAUUGUCCCCAACAAAACCAGCUGGGAGCAUUUAUUAUCCUGUCAUUGCAUUCCUGACUAAUUAAUAGAUCUGUGUUUUAUGUUUACAUGAACUGGCAUUGUAUUUUACAGCCACAAAUACAGCUAGUUGUUAUAUUGCUGUUUCUCUCUGUUAUGUCUGUACAUACACUAUUACAUAUCUUUUUGAGACUGUCAUUGAGUUUUAAACAAGGUGGGAGCACUUUUUGUUUUAGAUCUAUUGAUAGAAACUUGUUGUUUAAGUAUAACUUUGGAUUUGAAUCCAGAUGUUACUUCAGUGUGUGUGUGUGUGUAAUAUAUAUAUAUAUAAGCUGUUAGGUGCCUGUCAUGUGUUCUGCAACUCAGAUACCUCUGUUGGUAAACUUAGUGCAAUUUGACUACUUCAUUGGUAUGAAUUUAUAUACUAACUAUAUUUGAGACACAAUAAGUCCAGAAUAAUAUUUACCUUGCAACUUUACAACACUGUUUAAUUUCUGAAAGUUCAGCUCAUGUGACAUCCUGUUAUCCAAAACAGGCAUGGAACAAUGAAGGAAGGAUUAUUUUAAGCAUUCAAUAAAAUGCAAUGUGUUUGUGGUCUGAGAAUAUGACAUACCCUGUGUUGGCACAUAAUUGAUUGAAAUGAAGAGGUUAAAAUUGAUAAGGACAUCCAAACACUUGAUUUUAGGAUGUGAUUAUUUACUAAGUGACUAUCAGAAAAUGGUACAUUGGUUACAUGGGAUAUUCUGGUCAAACAAAUUUAAUUCUUUAUGCAUUUUCAUCCUGGAAGUUUAUGAUAUUUCUAUUUCCAUAAAGCUUGGAUAAGAUGACCUCUUUCGAUAAAAGCUGGUCUGAUCAGAGUUGUAAAAGCAAUGUAAUUUUGAGUUGCUCAACUGGUAAAUCCAAAUCGCAAAAAAUGCUUCUAGAUACAUUAUUAUUGAUGUUUGUAAACUGCCUUGAAUCUUCAUUUGUAUAUUAUCUUGUGUACAGAAACGUCUAAUCAUGCAAAUAAAGUCUUGUAGAAUGAUGGAAGCAUUGCGAUGCUUCCAAAGUCCUUGCACAA